CAAAACAAAAACAACGAAGAAACGAUGUCGCUCACUCCAGAUCAGUUUAGAAAAACUGCGAUGGGAGGAUUAAUACCAUCUCCGUCUCCUUUCCUCACUCCCCGCCCUGAACGACGUCGUCCUGAUUCUAGAGGAACUGAUUGGCUCUCUAAUCGCCAAGAUAGGGAUAAAGAGGUUAAUGUCCAAGUGCUUCUUAGAUGCAGGCCGUUAAGCGAGGAUGAGCAGAGGACGAAUGUUCCGAGAGUGAUUUCGUGUAAUGAACUUAAAAGGGAAGUUACCGUUUUGCAAAAUGUAGCUAACAAGCAAGUAGACAGAGUUUUCACUUUUGACAAGGUUUUCGGCCCCAAGUCCCAGCAAAGAACAAUAUAUGAUCAAGCUAUUGCCCCAAUUGUUAAUGAAGUACUUGAUGGUUUCAACUGUACUGUCUUUGCCUAUGGACAGACUGGCACUGGCAAAACAUAUACAAUGGAGGGUGGGAUGAGAAACAUGGGUGGGGACUUGCCUGCUGAGGCCGGUGUUAUUCCAAGAGCAGUGAGACAAAUAUUUGAUACCUUAGAGGCCCAAAAUGCUGAUUAUAGCAUGAAAGUUACAUUUUUGGAGCUUUACAAUGAGGAGAUAACUGAUUUGCUGGCUCCUGAUGAGAGUCCAAGAUAUGCUGAAGAUAGGCAAAGAAAACCAAUCUCUUUGAUGGAAGACGGAAAGGGUUCUGUUAUUAUGAGAGGUCUAGAAGAAGAAGCUGUAUACUCUGCUAAUGAAAUCUACACUAUCUUGGAACGUGGAGCGGCCAAAAGACGUACUGCCGAUACCUUGUUAAACAAGCGCAGCAGCCGUUCUCAUUCUGUGUUUUCCAUCACCAUCCACAUUAAAGAAACGGCUGUGGGAGAUGAGGAAAUGAUAAAAUGCGGCAAGCUUAAUCUGGUCGAUUUGGCAGGGUCUGAGAAUAUUUCUCGUUCAGGUGCUCGAGAGGGUCGUGCAAGGGAAGCAGGAGAGAUUAACAAGAGCUUACUUACCCUUGGCCGUGUCAUAAGUGCACUUGUGGAGCAUUCAGCUCAUAUACCAUACAGGGAUAGUAAGCUGACAAGGCUCUUGAGAGAUUCUUUGGGAGGGAAAACAAAGACCUGCAUUAUUGCUACAAUAUCUCCAUCUUCUCAUUCUUUAGAAGAAACAUUGAGCACCUUAGAUUAUGCCUAUCGGGCUAAGAAUAUAAAAAAUAGGCCAGAGGCAAACCAGAAAAUGUCCAAGGCUGUGUUGCUUAAAGAUCUGUACUUGGAAAUUGAGAAAAAGAAAGAAGAUGUUCGAGCAGCUAGGGACAAGAACGGCGUUUACAUCCCACAUGAAAGAUUUCUCCAAGAAGAAGCCGAAAAGAAGGCAAGGAUGGAGAAGAUAGAGCAACUCGAGAAUGAUCUCAACCUUAGUGAGAAGCAAGCUAAGAAUUAUCAUGAGCUGUAUCUCACUGAGCAAGACCAAAGAUUUGACUUAGAAAGUGACCUGAAGGAUUGCAAGAUAAAUAUCGAAAAGAAUAGGAAAGAAUUGCUUAAUCUUCAAGAGAAUCACAGGGUAGCCAUCCAGACACUGAAAGAAAAGGAAUUCAUCAUCUCCAAACUGCUAUGCUCAGAAAAUUCUUUGAUCGAAAGGGCAAAAGAGUUACGUACUGAUUUGCAACAUGCAUCAGAGGACAUAAAUUCACUUUUUACAAAACUAGAUGAUAAGGACAAGAUGGAAGCAGAAAAUCGAAGCAUUGUUUUAACGUUUGGUUCUCAGCUCAACCAGCAUCUACAAGAUUUGCACAAGACCAUCCUGGGCUCCGUUUCUCUUCAGCAGCAACAACUGAGAAGCAUGGAAGAGCAUGCUCAUUCAUUUAUUGCCAGUAAAUGUGAUGCAACCAAAGCCUUGGAAUCUAAGGUUCAGAGUAUGACAGAGACAUAUGCAUCAGGAGUUGCAACAAUGAAGGAACUUGCCAACAAAAUCCAAAGGAACGCUUCCUCCGACAUGGAGGAAAUGCAUUUUUCAUUUUCAUCUCAAAUAGAAGCCAUUGAGAAAUUCCUUGUCACUGUGGUGAUGGAAGCCAAAGAGGUUCUUGAGGAUCUCCAGAAUUCUCUUAAUGAACAAAAGGAGUUAUUGGUUUCUGCCGCUCGACAACAAGAAGAGGGAUUGCACCGCAACUUGAUUUCAGCACAAGAAAUAUCCAAGGCAACAUUUCAUUUUCUGACUGACAUCAAUAAUCAAACUUCCAAAUUCAUGACAACCCUUGAGGAAAUCGAAACCAAGAAAUCUCUGCAAAUAACAAAUUUCGAAAACAGAUUCAAGGAAGAAGCUGCUAGUGAGGAAACGCAGGCUAUGGAAAAGAUUGCAGCAAUAUUAGCAACUUUGACAUCUAAUAGAAAUGCUAUGGUCUCGGAGGCAUCAGGACGCAUGAAGGACUCGAAUAUUCAAGAUAAUAAAAUAUUGCAGCGGAAGAUGUCCAUGCUGCAACAGGUUUCAGCAGAUGUUGGGAAGGAAAUGUGCAAGUAUAUAAAAAAGGUGGAAACUCAUUUUGUGGAAGACAGCUUCUCAGCGGCUGAAUCUGCAAGCAUUAUGGAAGAUGGCCUUCAAGAAUGCUCGAAAAGAGUUAAUGUUUCUAGGCAACAGUGGGAAAAUGCUAAGACAUGCAUAAAUGAACUUAAUGCAAGCAGCCUUGCAGAGGUUAAAUCUAGUGUUAGUGUAAAUAUCAGAAGAAAUAAUGCAGCACAUGAAGAACUUUUAUCCGUAAUAUCCUUGACGGAUGCAGAGUUUGGCACUAGAACUGGAGAUAUAGUGGCUGCAAUCAAUGAUUCACAACUUCAUGACCAUGAAUGUAAGAAGAAAAUAGACUCCGUUACAAACAGUUGCGUAGAUCAACUAAAAACAGUGCAAGAAAAGCAUGGUGAAAGCAUUUCGUAUAUCAGAAGUGAAGCCGAGAAAUGCCUCACAAAAGACUACUUGGCUGAUCAGCAUACAAAGCCGAAGAAGCGAGACAUAGUCGUGCCCAGCUUAGUAUCAAUCGAAGGGAUGAGGACGCCAACGGCCUUCGAAGAUGACGAAGGAGAAGAAAACAACUUGGAGAAGAACAGAUCAAAAUGGGGCAACAAUGAGAGUAAAAUCCAGCAGCAUGUUACAAGUUUGUCGCCCAAUAGAACUCCUUUCACCGAUGUCAAUUGAUUAGGACAAUACUAAAUACUUGUACGGAUGUUGUAGAAACUCUCAUCUGCUGAUGAGUACAUAACUCCCUUGUGCCUUUAGGACGGACUCACAAAUAUGCUCUUUCAAUGCUAUACUAGUUAUUAGUAGGCAUCAGAUAUAACAACCAU